UCCACCGCCUCCCCUCCCCUCCCCCCUCGUCUCCGCUCCGCUCCUCGCCGGCGCGCGGCGGCGAGGCCCGGCCCGCGCCUAGGGUUCGCGAGGGGACUCUCCCCCGCCGCCACCCACGCCGCCCAUGUCACUCCGAUCCGGCGGCCGCAAGCUCUCGUUCGAGCUCCUCUCCAGCGGCCUCACCGCCGCCAACGACGCCGCCGACGACGACGCGUCCCCGCGCUCCCUCCCCGAGACCUCCUCCGAUGGCCAGCGCCGCCGCAAGAGGCGCUCCAAACGCAAGCGGGGGGCUCUCCAGAGCCCCCCGAUCGCGGAGGAGGAGCCGCGCGUGGACGCCCACCCGCCCGCCGCGCUCAGGGUAGCGGAUCUGAUGCCCGUGGUGGAGAAGGUCUGCCAGGCCUCGGACGCGGAGCGGUCCGCGGCGAGCUGCGUGGCCUACGUCGGCGUGGAGCUGAGGCAGAGGAACGUGGCCGGGAAUGGGAGGGCGGUGACGUUCGCCGAGGACGCGGCCAGCAGCUGCGGAAGCAGCUCGCGUGAAAGCGCCGCCGCCGCCGCCGCCGCGGUGCCGGAUGCGAUUGACCCGGCCCGGCGGCCCGAGGCGAACGGUGUCGUGAAGAAACUGGAGAAGGAUGAGUCGCUGGACUGGGAAAAGUACAUCAAGGAGAACAGCAACGUUCUCGGAGAAGUCGAGCGCCGUGACAAUUCACCAUUCAGAUACUUCAUUGGAGAAAUGUAUAGCGGCAAUUCGCUUAGGAGUACAAUUGCAGUGGGUAAUGACAAAAAGCGACAGCGGGUCUACAACACUAUGUUUCAUGUGCCUUGGAGAUGUGAACGGCUAAUUGUCGCAGGAUUCUUUGUCUGCUUGGAUUCAUUUUUGUCUUUGCUCACCAUUAUGCCUGCAAGAAUUGUGAUGACAGUUUGGCGAAUUCUGAAAACCAGGCAGUUUCUUCGGCCAAAUGCUGCUGAUUUAUCAGAUUAUGGAUGUUUUGUAGUUCUAGCCCUAGGAGUUGCUUCUUUGCAAAUGAUAGAUAUUAGUUUGAUUUACCAUGUCAUUCGUGGCCAGGGCACGAUCAAGCUCUAUGUGGUAUACAACGUACUAGAGAUCUUUGACAAACUAUGUCAAUCAUUUGGCGAGGAUGUGUUGCAAGUUUUGUUCAACUCAGCUGAGGGACUGUCAACGUGUUCAACUGACAGGGUCACAUUCGAACUGUUGCGGUUCCUUUUGGAUGGGGCUAUUGCUGUCCUCGCAUUUGUUGUGCAUUCAUUUGUCCUCUUAGCCCAAGCUAUCACCCUGUCAACAUGUAUUAUUGCCCAUAACAAUGCACUAUUGGCUCUUUUGGUGUCCAAUAAUUUUGCCGAGAUUAAAAGCAAUGUAUUUAAGAAAGUUAGCAAAGAGAACCUUCACAAUCUGGUUUACUAUGAUAUCAUUGAGAGGUUUCACAUCACAGCAUUUUUACUGUUUGUACUAGCUCAAAAUAUCUUGGAAGCAGAGGGGCCAUGGUUUGACAGUUUUCUUAUUAAUGCCUCCUAUGUAUUUAUGUGUGAAGUACUUAUUGAUGCUAUCAAGCAUUCAUUCCUUGCAAAAUUUAAUGAGAUAAAGCCAGUUGCUUAUUCAGAGUUUCUGGAAGACUUGUCCAAGCAGAUAUUGAAUGAGCAACCUGAUGACCGCCAGAAAGAUCUAACAUUCAUCCCCCUUGCCCCUGCUUGUGUGGUAAUUCGUGUGCUGACUCCAGUGUAUGCCACCCUGCUUCCUGCUGGGCCGUUUAUCUGGAGAAUAUUCUGGAUCUUGCUCUGGUCAGUUCUGACCUAUUUUAUGCUCGCCAUCUUCAAGAUACUAGUGGGAUUGAUACUGCGUUGCCUCGCGACUUGGUAUAUCAAUCUACGUCUCACAAGAAAACAGCAUGCGGACUGAGCACCUGACGCCGUAAUCCUGGUGUUAAGAUGACAGCAUCCUUGAGAAGACAACUUGAUGUGGUGCGCGAAGUACAGCAACUACCGCAUCAGCCGUGAGUUCGGUCACCUGCCCAUAUGACAGAAAUGUUGAUAGUGUAGUACAGCACAGAGGAAUAUGACAAGCAUCUUCUUUUUCAGCAAACCGUUUUGUCGAUUCAAGGAACUAGGUAUAGUCCAAUUUUGCCGCAUUUACAACAUCUUCCUGUCAUCCUUCUGUGGAUAGUUCAUUUCAUCCUAAAGUUAUCUGCCUCAACCUAGAGAAGAUUUUUUGUAAAGCCUUGCGGAGCUGUCUGUUUUGUACAAUUCAUUCGAGAAGAAAAUAUGGCAGCUUCGCCGGCAGUGGCUUCUUCUUCC